AUGUCACCCAAGGAUGCUGAGAAGACAGCCUUUCGAACACCAUAUGAGAAUUUUUAUUACACAGUCAUGCCGUUCAGUCUCAAGAAUGCUGGCGUCACCUACCAAAGAGCCAUGACAGCAGUGAAGUCCAAAACCAGAGAAAGCCAUCAAGAAGUUUUGAGGAAGGUGCUGGAAAGGUGCCGGCUGUAUGGAUUGAAGUUGAAUCCGAAGAAGUGUGCAUUCAGAGUAUCAUCCGGUAAAUUCUUAGGGUUUCAAGUACACCAGUGUGGCAUAGAUGUGGAUCCCAAAAAGACUAGAGCCAUAAACUCCCUUGCACCGCCUAGGAACCCUAAAGAAUUGAAAAGCUUCAUGGGAAGGCUAUCGUAUAUUCAACGUUUCAUCCCAGGCCUUGUUGCCACCAUGGGUGUUUUUACUCCCUUGCUCAAAAAAGGUAGGCCGUACGAAUGGAGCAAGAAGUGUCAAGAAGCCUAUAAGCAAGUGCAACAAAUAAUCACCAAGCUACCCACCAUGAGAGCACCCAUGCCGAGACAUCCACUCAAUCUUUAUUUGGCUGUAACAAACACAGCGAUUGGGGCCAUACUUGCCCAAGAUGAUCAUAGUGGAGAAGAAAGUCCUAUUUAUUAUGUGAGUAGGCAACUAAGGGGAGCUGAAAUGAGGUAUCCAAAAACCGAACUCUUGUGCCUUGCUCUUGUCUAUGCUGCACAACAUUUGCGGCAUUACUUCCUUGCUCACAAGUUACAACUCAUAGUGAAGUCCGACCCCCUGCCCAAAUUCGAUAUCACAUACACCACUCCUAAGGCCAUCAAAGGACAAGCCGUGAUUGACAUGUUGGCUCUAUUUCCUGAAGUUGAAGAAUCGACUAUCUCUAAGGAAGUUCUGGGGGAGCUGCAGGAAAUGGUUGCAGUCGUCACAGAGGCGGAACCAUAG